AUGCAGGGAAUGCAGAGAUCGAGGGUGCGACAGAGACGAGUCGAGAAUACUUUAACAACUCGAGGGAAAGUAAAUAUCUCCGCAAUAGAAAGCGUCGCGCAAGUCCAAUCCCCAACUUCGCAGAAGAAUUUUUUUGAAAAGGCAGGCGGUGAACACGGGCCCAGUCCACCACCAACCUCAGACCGAAACCUCCACCUUCGAUAG